AUGUGGAAAAGCUGGUUGUUACCCAACAAGGUGAAUGAUUCAGCACAGUCCGCGUCUUUGACCAAGAACACGUGUAUUCGGUCAGACGUACUGAGACUAGUCACAGUACGGCGAACAUAUGCGUCGGUUACACACAUUUUGACCGACCAUGGGACUUUCCAAAGAUCCGGCUUGACCGAUAAUGAACGGAUAACUAGACCUGACACUGGAUUGCGUUUUAUUCCCGCUAUUCUCUCAGUUCCGCUUCUUGCAACGCCAAGUGAACAGUUACAGAUUAUUCGACAGGGGAGUAAAACUCUCAUAUGCAUCUUGUUUACAAAAACUGAAUAUCAAUUUUCUCCUCGAACGCGUCUUCCUGAACUUUCCUGGAUAUUUAUUGACUGUUGCUCAAUUCCAAGCAAAUGCGACUCUACGAACUCUGCAACAGACUUCACUUCUCUGGGCGAAUUCCACACAGCUCUACGCAUGCUGAUACCAACCGUCAAACCUCGGCCAGAAACUGGGGCCAACAAGGAUAUGUUAGUUCUCCGGAUCGCGAUAGGCUUAAUUGCUUGUUGUGUUCCAGUCGCUAUCAUUUUUGGAUUCAUCCUCGGCCGGCGAAACUACAAGCCCCAACGUGCCGUCCCUAAUAAUCGAACAUCACAUCAUUUGGACGGAUGUGUCACGUGCAGAACACGGGCCGAACGAACGCAUGCCCUGAUUGGUCAGAAUGCCAGCCAAUCGGAAACCAUUGUUCUCAACCAACAUUCACGGACCGGUGGCCUGGCAGCUGCAUUAUUGCAGAUCUCUGGGGAGUUUAAAAUGCAACGAAACGACUCAAUAUCGGACCCUGACCGCUGCGAAACUGUGAAUCCCUUCUCCAAUAUCCCGGGAUAA